AUGGCUCCCCGGUUGUCCACCCUCGACUUGGUGGCCAAAGUCGAUGCCUUCCCUUACGCGGACAGGGAUCCCGAGGCCUAUCACCAGAUCAUGAAGUCUUUCUACACAUUCGUCUGGGAAGACAAACAAGGCCAGGUCCCCAUAGGCUACAUGAAGUUGGACGUCGUCGAUGCACUCAACAAAGCCCUGGCAAAUCUCAAAGGGCAAUUAGGGUUGCACAUCGAUGUCUUCAACCGGACUGUGGUUCUCUUCCGUGACGCUCUGGAUAAGACUUAUGAGGAACGCACUCAGAUUGUCGGAGAGCUUACUGCGCUUUGGCGCGAAGAGAAGGCCUUUCCCAUCCUCAAGAGCUGGCGGAAUGAGCUGUGGCCUGUUUACGGUCGCAACAAGGAGCUUGUGUUCAGCGUGGAGCGGGCAGCUAUGGGUCUCUUUGGAACCACGCGCUACGGUGUGCAUAUGAACGCCUUCAUCAGGCGACAGGACGCCAGCAGCAAAUACGACUUUAGAAUCUGGGUUCCCAGGCGGUCCCCGACCAAGUCGACCUAUCCAAGCAUGCUGGACAAUGCAGUAGCGGGCGGCUUGAUGACCAACGAAGACCCCUUCGAGUGCGUGAUCCGCGAGGCGGACGAAGAGGCUUCGCUGCCCGAGCAGGUAGUGAGGAACAACGCCAAAGAGGUCUGCACCAUCACUUACAUCUACAUCACGGACGAGCGAGCGGGAGGCGAAGCUGGGUUGAUUUACCCGGAAUGCCAGUGGGUUUAUGAUCUAGAGCUACCUGCGGACGGAAGUGUCGUGCCCGAGCCCAAGGACGGCGAGGUCGAGAGCUUCAGCUUGCGCACGGUGGAGGAGAUCCAGGAACAGCUCGCCCAGGGACUGUGGAAGCCGAACUGUGCGAUCGUCAUGCUCGAUUUCUUUGUUCGGCACGGCAUUUACACGCCGGAAAACGAGCCGCACUACGACGCACUUCGCGACCGGGCUCAUCGACAUAUCGCCUUUCCUGGUCCUCAUCAGGCCUGA